AUGGUCGUGGUGGUCGCUCACUUGCUUGCAGGUGAGACAACGCCUGGCGUUCACUUGCUGGCACUCAACACUCACCUGUGGCUCCAAGUAGCUGGGCUCUGCUCAGCGGUCACGCCCCGGGCAACCGUCUCGACCGGCGGGCUAAACCAUGUGAAAGGGCCCUGUGCGCUGUGCCGUGUGCACAGGGUUUGCGGAUUCCGCUGGAUGGAAGGUCGGAUGGAACCUUGCGUCGGCACCGUCGUGACGUGGUUCGUCUCUGCAUGCCGCUGGACAGCCGGUGACGGGAUGGAUCUCCACAGCGACAUCGCCUUGAAGCGCCCACCUACGCCGUCGGAGACCGCGGCUUACGGCGAAUUCGAGUCGCUCUCCACUACAACCCGAAGUCGUGGCCCCAUAGUGGAGUUCGGCCGUGCCACAACGGCACAUGGCAGCCCUAUUCAGGGAUAGCACUGCCAGCCUCCACGAGGGGAAGGGCCUAGAAAAGGUGGCCUAAACAUUGCUGGGCACCAAGCCGUCUUCAGGCUUGCCAGGGCCGCAGACGUCUAAACAUGGUCGAAACAAUUAAAAUCAAAACAACAACAAUACCUAUAACAACAACAAUACUCGCUCACUUCCUCAUCCUACCUCUUCUUUCUCUUCCUCUGCCUACUCUUCUCCUUCGCCAUCUUCUUCUCCACCUCCUUCCCGUCGCCCCACUCGUUGUCACCAGAUUGGCAGGGUGAGCCCGCUCACUCUGGCAGCCUGGAAUGCUCGUUCCCUUUUAGGCAAUCCGAGGAGCAACCGAACGGAACGAAGGACGACGCUAGUGGCACGGGAACUGGCGCGCUACAAGGUGGACAUCGCCGCACUCAGCGAGACCCGAUUCUCCGAACAAGGCCAACUGGAGGAGGUGGGUGCCGGCUACACCUUCUUCUGGAGCGGUCGACCCAGGGCAGAGCGACGGGACGCGGGUGUCGCCUUCGCCAUUCGGAACGACAUCGUGGGACGACUGUCCUAUCUGCCGCAGGACAUCAACGAUCGCCUGAUGAGCCUCCGCCUGCCUCUCUGGAGAGGCGAAUUCGCCACCAUCAUCAGCGCCUACGCUCCGACGAUGACCAACCCCGACACCGUUAGAGACAAAUUCUACGAGGACCUGCACGCAUUCUUGGCGACUGUGUCGAAGGCGGACAAGUUGAUUGUCCUUGGUGACUUCAACGUCCGCGUCGGCACAAACCAUACUGCCUGGAGAGGAGUGCUGGGUCCCCACGGUCUCCGCGGCUCAAACGACAAUGGUCUGCUGCUUCUCGGCACCUGCGCAGAACACCGCCUCAUCCUGACGAACACCUUCUUCUGUCUGCCGGAGCGAGAGAAGGCCAACUGGAGGCAUCCUCGGUCCCGCCAGUGGCACCUGCUGGACUAUGUCCUCGUCCGGAAGCGAGAUCAGCGGGACGUGCUGGUGACAAAGGCGACCGCGGGCGCUGACGAGUGGACUGACCAUCGCCUCGUCAUUUCGAAGAUGCGCAUUCGCCUACAGCCUCGCAGGAGACCACAAGGUAAGCGACCCCCAGGAAAGCUGAAUAUUGCCUUGUUGUCUUUGCUUGCUCACCAUCUUCAUUUCAGCAAUUAGCAAGCACAACGGCUAGACAACCUUCCUAUCGCUGCCGCCGCCGACGACGCCGCCGCUGCCGAGAACGCCUCCGUGGAGAAACGCUGGUGUCAACUGAAAGACACAGUCCAGUCGACGGCGCUCGCCGUCCUUGGUCGCGUUCCCCGCCAACACCAGGACUGGUUCGACGACAACGACGCUGCCAUCAGAAAUCUGCUUGCUGAGAAGAACUGCCUACACAAAGCCUACGUAGAUCACCCCACUGAUGCCACCAAAGCUGCCUUAUACCGCAGUCGCCGCCAACUGCAGCAACGACUGCGCGAGAUGCAGGACGCCUGGACUGCUCAAAAAGCUGAGGAGAUCCAAGGGUACGCGGACCACAACGAAUGGAAGAACUUCUUCUCUGCGAUCAAAGCUGUCUACGGUCCGCUGACGAGGGGCACUGCUUCUCUCCUCAGCGCCGACGGCAGCACUCUCCUGACUGAGAAGACGCAAAUUCUACAGCGAUGGGCCGAGCAUUUCCGCGGCGUCCUCAACCACCCCUCCGUCAUCUCCGACGCCGCCAUCGAGCGUUUGACGCAAGUGGAGACCAACGUGGACCUCGACCUCCCGCCAUCUCUCCAGGAGACCAUCAGGACCAUGCAGCAACUCUCCAAUGGGAAAGCACUCGGAUCGGACGCAAUUCCUGCUGAGGUCUACAAGCACGGAGGUCCCCAACUGAUGGAUCACCUGACUGCGCUCUUCCAAGAGAUGUGGCGUCAAGGUGAAGUCCCGCAAGAUUUCAAAGACGCAACCAUCGUGCAUCUCUACAAGCGCAAAGGGAAUCGCCAAGUCUGCGACAAUCACCGCGGCAUCUCCCUGCUGAACAUCGCCGGGAAGAUCUUCGCACGAAUCCUUCUCCACCGCCUCAACAACCAUCUGGAACAGGGCCUUCUGCCGGAAAGCCAAUGCGACUUUCGUCGUAAUCGUGGGCCCGUAGAUAUGAUCUUUGCCGCCCGUCAACUUCAAUAG